UACCGGCGUUUCCCCGGGGCAGUUCAGACUUGACCGUCCCAUCAAGUCCCAGAGACCCCAGCCCGGCCACCCGGCGUUCAGCCCCCGAUCCGCGUUCAGGAUGACUCUGUGGAACGGCGUGCUACCUUUCUACCCCCAGUCACCGCAUUCGCCGGGCUUCACCGUCCCACUGCUCAUAGUCAUUCUGGUCUUCUUGUCCUUUGCUGCCAGCUUCCUGCUCAUCUUACCAGGGAUCCGUGGCCAUUCGCGCUGGUUCUGGUUUGUGAGAGUUCUUCUCAGCCUGUUCAUAGGCGGAGAAAUCGUGGCUGUGCACUUCAGCGGAGAUUGGUUCGUGGGUGGCGUGUUCACCAACACAUCCUACAAAGCCUUCAGCACGGCCCAAGUGCAGGCCCUCGUGGGUCUGCACGUGGGCCUGGUGGGCGUUAACAUCACACUCAAAGGGGUUCCGGUGAAGCAGCUGAAUGAGACCAUAGACUACAACGAGCAGUUCACCUGGCGCCUGGAUGAGGACUACUACCGGGAGUACUUGGACGCGCUGGAGAAGGGGCUGCCGGACCCAGUGCUUUACCUCGCGGAGAAAUUCACCCCAACCAGCCCUUGUGGCCUGUACCAACAGUACCACCUGGCGGGACACUACGCCUCCGCCACGCUUUGGGUGGCCUUCAUCUUCUGGGUCAUCACCAACGGGCUGCUCUCCAUGCCCGCCCCUCUCUACGGAGGCCUGGGACUCCUAGUCACCGCCGCCUUCACCCUAUUCUCCAUCUUCUCCUUCGCCACCAUCGCCGAAGUGCCGGUCUGUCCGCUCCGCAUAGGCUCCGAGUCCUUCGUCACCUCCUUCGGUGCAGCUUUCUGGGUCACGCUCGCAACAGGCAUCCUGUGCCUGCUGCUCGGAUGCGCCGUGGUGUGCGCCCACUACACUUCGCCCAGCGCUCUGCGCAUCUUUCUGGACAUCGAGGACAACGACUGUGGCGCCCCGGUGAAAGGUGGCGCGCCCCUCCUCCUCAACAACCCGCUGCACAAGCAGUUCGCGCCCCCAGACUUCAGCGUCACCACUAACCUGUGAAAGGAACAUAUCACUCCGGACUCCUCCUCCCGCGCCUUGGGGCCAAGCCAGCCGAGUAGGUGUACCCGCCAGAGCACCCCCCAAGCAAAGGCGGGCAGCUAGCUCCUAACUGCCCGCGGUCUCCAGAGAUGCGGGGUGAACUGUGAAUAAACUGUUAUGUUAAAACAAACAAACGAACAAACAAACAAACUUAAGCUCCUUCUCCAUCCCCAACCAUUCAUUUCCGUGGCUUCUCCCGGGUCGUGGAAGCCUUGGCUUGGGGCUGGCGACAGCUUGGGAACUUUGGGUUCUCUGCGCUGCAGCGACCCAAGAAAACUUUCCGUAUGCAAAAGUGCGACUAGCCUGGGGAAGAUGCUGGGGAGAGGGUGCCCUCUAGUGAGG